AUGGAAAAUCGAGUACAAAAGCCACUCUGUCUGUGUCUAGGCUCUCCCUCUCAUGUUCGCGUGUUCAUGCAAUCAAGAGCGAAUAGUGAGACAAUAGCAGCGGAGGCUCAAAAUAAGGCUCCAGAUGCAAACUCGCCAUUUUUUCUUCAUGCUUCAGAUAAUCCGGGGCAAGUUUUUGUCAGUGAAUUGCUGAAUGAGAAUAACUACAUGGAAUGGCAAACCGACAUAACAAAUGCGUUGGUGGCCAAGAACAAAAUGGGGUUCAUAGAUGGUUUGAUCAAGCAACCAGAACUCGAGUCUAAUGUACUGUCUUACUGGAUUCGAUGCGAUGCUAUGGUGAAAGGAUGGCUUAAGAGUAGUAUGUCCAAAGAGCUUCGCGCGAGUGUUAGAUAUGUAAAAACGGCUCAUGAAAUCUGGACUAAUCUAGCAGAACAUUUUGGAAAAGGAAGUGCGCCGCGAGCUUAUGAAUUGAGACGCAAUAUUGCAAAUUUGAGACAGCAGAGACAAUCAAUUACAGUUUAUUAUACAAAACUUAAGGCCCUGUGGGAUGAAAUACGGACCAUUGCACCCACACCAAGGUGCACCUGUAAUGGCUGUACAUGUGGUGUAGCUAGAGAUGUGGAAGUCAUACGAGACAAUGAACAAGUAUAUGACUUUCUCAUGGGCCUCGAUGAAGAGUUUGCAACUGUGAAGACGCAUAUACUGAGCAGAAAACCACUCAUGAACCUAAGUGCAGCCUACCACUUAGUGGUAGAGGAUGAAAAACAAAGGCAAGUUUCAGCCACCCAGAGAAACGAAACUGAGACAAUGGCAUUCCAGCGAGGCCAUACUGAAGAAAGGUGUUUUGAGAUUCAUGGAUAUCCACCAAACUGGAAACGGUCUAACAGAGAAAAGAAAUGGAAUGAAAAGCGAGGUGGACCGAGAGCAGCGUUCGUGAAUUCUGAUGAGAGUCCUAUAUCUGGUUUGAGUUUAGCACAGUAUGAUGGCUUACUCAAAGCCAUUAGUGAAGGCUUGAGUGAUAGUCAAAUCUCAUAA